CGACGAUGCCCUGUGCGAUAAACAACAUGGAGGUGCGGGACAGACCACUUCCGGUGAAAGUCGCUAGCUCUGUUUAUUUCGUGAGCGACACUGACACAUUGACAAUAAGGGCAAUGCCAGACACCUAGAAAUAAAGCUGGUCAACGCCCUAUGUGAGCUUAUCUGAAAAGCAUGGACCAUCCCAUACCUGUCACAAUGAGAGAGACCCCAGCAGGCAGGAUGAAGGGCACCCAAAACCCUGUGGGUCAGGGCAGCAGAGACAUAGACCCCAACAGGAUAACCUCAGACUUGAAGGAAGUCCUAGAUUCUCUGGGUGUGGGUCAGCUCAAGGACUUGGCAACCAUGGUUGCAGAGGAGCCACUGUCGGAUGCUCAAGUUGAAGCUUUCCAGGCUGUCUUUAAGCUGUUUGCCACCGAUAGUCAUGGCCGCAUCGACGUAGUGGGUCUCUCUUCCCUAUUGGACACAGUAAACAUGAGACUCAGCCCCGAGCAGACUGAGGCUGCCCUACAUAGGGCCGACUAUGACGGAGAUGGUGAGGUAGGUUUUCAAGACUUUCUGUGUGUGAUGACAGACAGUCAGAAGUUCGCCAGGUGUAUAAACGCAGAGUCCCCUGACCCAUCUCAGAGUGUGGAUCAGUCAGACUCUGUAUUCUACAAAGCCUUGAAUCAGAUGCUGAAUGCGGGCCUCAUUCCCAGCAGUGCCACUGGGGAGAUAGUUCGGUAUUACCAUAAGAAGUCGCUGCGUCAUGUGUUGCGGGUGGCGCCGCAUCAGGACAAGAGCAGGGGUCACGUGAUCACCUACUACGCCAAGGGGGCCCAUCUGGUGGGCCUGCAGCCCAAGCAGCUGAUGAAGUACAUCAAACCCAAUGCUCCCAGUACCAGCCCAUACUCUAAGCGGCCCAGCCUGAACGUCAAGUCAAAGGUCAUGGUGGGCAAGCGGGUGGCGACACAGGGAAGUGUCCCCUCUGCCAAGACCUGGAAGACCGUGGAGAUCGAGGAGCGCAUCAGACAGUUAUCAAUCAAGUACCCAGGAAAGGAGACUAAGGACAUGAUCACUCCGAUCAAGAUCAAGGUGGACCUGCAAGUGAAGGACAGAGAACGUCUCACCUAUGACAACAUCAACCAAAUACGCAUCAAGUCCAAAGAGGGCUUGAACACCUACCUGGAGACGCUGAGCCAGUAUAAGCAGCGGGAUUCCUGGGACUCCUGGGGCUCGCUGCAGAGCUACCACAACUCUCUGGGCCACAAUGCCUUCUCUGACACAUUCUCCACCUACAGCUGGAGCUGGAGUGGCUGCCGCAACAUGCUGCAGCCCUGCGACCUGCUGGAAGAGAGGCACAACUUGCCUCUGCUGCCAAACCAGUAUUAGGGAGCAGGGAGUAUGGAAGGAGUAUGGAGGGAGUAUGGAGGAUUUCCAAUUAAAAGCAAGAAAUAUGUAGAUUUUGCACUACAUCCUAUUAUUUCCUAUUUCAUUUUUUGACCCCUCUUUUUCUCCCCAAUUUCAUGAUUACGAUCUUGUCUCAUCGCUGAAACUCCCCAAUGGGCUUGGGAGAGGCGAAGGUUGAGUUAUGCGUUCUCUGAAACAUAACUCACCAAACCGCGCCUCUUAACACCCGCUCGCUUAACCCGGAAGCCAGCCGCACCAAUGUGUCGGAGGAAACACUGUUCAACUGACAACCGGAAGUAGGCCUGCAGGCACCUGGCCCACCACAAGGAGUUGCUAGAGAGCGAUGAGCCAAGUAAAGCCCCCGUGGUCAAACCUUCCCCUAACCCGGACGAUGCUGCCCUAUGGGACUCCUGGUUACAACCGGUAAUGACCCCAGGCUGUAGUGACGCCGCGGCACUGCGAUGCAGUGCCUUAGACCACUGUGCCGCUCGGAAGGCCACUUCAUUCAAAUCACAUCAAAUUGAUUUAUAUAGCCCUUCUUAGAUCAGCUUGUCACGCCCUGGCCUUAGUUAUCUUUGUUUUUUUAAAUGAUUUUGGUUA